GGUCAAGAGAUUCUUUAACCUUCAAACACUUUCUAUACUUGUUCGCAUAUUUGAAUAUCGUUUUACUGCUUUUGCCCAUUUUCUUUCACUUAAAGACACAUUUUUCUAAAACAAAUAAAGUAAAUGGAAGUCAGCACUGACUAUUGAGCAGUCGAUAAGUGCUUAAAUUCGAUUUACGAUACUUUCAUUCACGUUAACAUCAACCUGGCAACUGCGCGCAAACAAAAUAAACAAGUGGACUUCGGAAUUUCUGGUGAAUAUUUAGAUGUUAGACGCGUAGACGAAAAAAUAGUGUAUGUAUCAGCUAGCCCACAAUUGCCUUGUUGUAUAACAGCCCUAAUAUGAACAGAAUAACAUCUACCCUGAAGGUUCGAUUACCUAUCGUUCGAGUAUUUGGAUCAAAAUGCAUGUCUAAGUGGACUGGACAAGAAUCCCUAGCUCAAGAUGAUCCUGAAAUGUGGGCUCUCAUUAACGCGGAAAAGAUGAGACAAAAACAAGGAUUAGAACUCAUUGCUUCAGAGAAUUUCUGUAGCCGUGCUGGCCUUGAAGCCCUGGGAUCAUGCCUCAACAACAAGUACUCAGAAGGUUAUCCUAAUCAAAGAUAUUACGGUGGAACUGAAGUUAUUGACAAAAUAGAGAUCUUGUGCCAAAAUCGUGCCUUGGAGGCCUUCAAUUUGGACCCAGCAAAAUGGGGUGUAAACGUUCAACCUUAUUCUGGAUCCCCAGCCAAUUUUGCUACCUACACCGCCCUUAUGAUGCCCCAUGAUCGUAUUAUGGGAUUGGAUUUGCCUGACGGUGGACAUUUAACACACGGCUUCAUGAGUGAUACAAAGCGUGUUUCCGCCACGUCAGUCUACUUUGAAUCCAUGCCUUAUCGACUGGACGUCAACACAGGGCUAAUUGACUAUGACAUGCUCCGCAAAACAGCCAAACUUUUCCGUCCCAAAAUCAUCAUUGCUGGUACAUCGGCCUAUUCUCGAUUACUCGACUACAAAACAUUUCGCGAGAUAUGCGACGAGGUAAAAGCCUAUCUCUUGGCAGAUAUGGCGCACAUCAGUGGGCUGGUAGCUGGUCGAGUGAUACCGAGCCCAUUCGAUUACGCAGACGUGGUUACAAGUACCACGCACAAGACGUUGCGCGGUCCACGUUCUGGGUUGAUUUUCUUCCGUCGCGGUGUCAAGGCCAAGGAUAAGACAGGCAAAGACAUCUUGUACGAUUUAGAACAGAAGAUAAAUCAGGCUGUUUUCCCAUCUCUGCAAGGUGGUCCUCACAAUCACGCAAUCGGAGGAGUUGCAGUUGCUCUCCGGCAGGCAAAUACCCCAGAAUUUCGUGAAUACCAGCAGCAGGUCUUGCGUAAUGCGAAGGCUAUGGCAAAAGCAUUGAUGGCGAAAGGAUAUACGCUAGUUUCUGGGGGUACAGAUACUCAUUUGGUGCUGGUUGAUCUUCGACCAAAAGGCUUGGAUGGUGCUAGGGCAGAACAGGUCUGUAAUAGGACUUCUAUUUCAGUGAACAAAAAUACCUGUCCAGGAGAUAAGAGUGCUAUGACACCAGGGGGUUUAAGAUUGGGUGCCCCAGCUUUAACAUCCAGAGGAUUUGUUGAAAAAGAUUUUGAGCAGAUGGUGGAGUUCUUUCAUCGAGCAAUUCAGAUUGCUUCAGAGGUCAAGCAAAAAACAAGUAAACUGAAGGAUUACAAGGAUUAUUUGGAGAGCAAUGAGGAAAUCAAAGCCAAAAUGGUUGCUCUGAAAAGUGAGGUGAACAAGUUUGCUUUGCAGUUUCCAAUGCCAGGAUUUGAAGAUCAUUGAAUUGAGUGAUAGAUAACCAAGUUUUCAGUGCUCAAACAUACAUUCUAAAAAUCAUUAUUCUAAAUAGCAUUCAGACUGAGAUAUUGAACUGUUAGACGUUUUUACAUUUAACAAGUUUCCUUCAAUGGUUGUGCAAACUUUUCAGACACUUAACUACAGCUAGAUCAAAACCAUGUACGAUAUUACACCCAUAAGCAAAGAAAUAUUUACCUGUU